AUGGACUACUUAGGAAACAAUAAGUGGUUGUUCGAACGUAUUCUAAAUGUGCAGGGUAGCUGGCUUCAAGUCACAGCUGGUCAGCUGAUCAACUUGACCAUUGUCUGGAAAGAAUCGCUAAGAGAAGUUCAACAGUGCGAACUAAGGCUUGUGGAAACAGGUAUCGCUCAACAUUACCUGACUAACAACAGUGAACUAGAAAGAAUUCGUGACGUCGAACAACAACUUGACUUUGUUUACAAUACAACUAACAAGAAAUAUUGUAAUUCAUCCGAAAAAAAUUACAAACAAGCAAUCGGAAUGGAAAAAGUUAUUUUACGUUUACAUUCUUUAACUGACACCAAUACUCAUCCGAGUAAACCACUGGAAGAAGACAUCGAAAAUAUUGCUGACAUUAUCCGGGCUGAAAUCAGUGGAGCGGCACAUUCUCAAUACGCACGAGACCGAACUACCGAUGGAAUAAAUGGAGUGGCUCGAGAAAUUCGAGCUCUACAAUGUGAAAAUCAGGUGCUGGCACACAAAACUUGUGUUUCCUAUGCCGGUAGCCACCAGCAAAGAGGAGUCGGUAUCCCAUUCGUACCGGGAUUGGCUCCAUACCUGGGGGUAUCGCCAGAUCGGCAGCUGUUCGUCGAGUUCAACGUUGACGAAGUCCGAAAAUGCACCCCAUACAUGGGCAGUGUGUGCCUAUUCUUGAAGCCGAUUGACCGAAAAGGAAGGAUAAAGAGCUGCGUGGCGGCUGUCUUUCUGCAGAAGCAGGAAGGAAUCCAGAGGAACUGUCACCUAGACAGUAAGAAAUGGACCGGCAUUGACAUGUUCCACAUUGGAGGAAGGAAUUGGGGUUACGCUGGUAAAGACAACGUAACCAUAGUGCUCCAGUGCCCUGGGAAAAGGAUAGGCAGAAUUGACCUACCGCAAGGGCUGCCAGCAGCGGGGGUCAUAAAAAUCCCACGGUUGUGUUCGGCAACCUCGGACGAGUGGGUUCUGCAAGCGAGCUUCUGA